UCUGUUUCUCUCUAAAGAAACUUUCAACUGAAUCCAGCAGGUUUUUCUCAACAACAGCAGCAGAAUCUGUGUCAAACACUGACUGUAGAUAUGUCUGCUGCUGCCAGCUAUCUGCCGACUGAAGAUCAGUUUCUGUGCUCCAUCUGUCUGGAUUUGUUCACUGAUCCAGUCACCAUACCAUGUGGACACAACUUCUGCAAAACCUGCAUCACUGAACACUGGGAUAAAAACAUCCAGUGUCAGUGUCCCAACUGUAAAAAUGUUUUCAACACAAGACCUGAGCUGCAGGUGAAUACUGUCAUCUCUGAGAUGGCUGCUCACAGCUCAGAGCAGCAAGUUUCUAAACCAGGAGAAGUUCCCUGUGACAUCUGCACUGGAACCAAACUGAAGGCUCUGAAGUCCUGCCUGGUGUGUCUGGUCUCCUACUGUGAGUUUCACAUGGAGCCUCAUCUGACAACAUCAGGCCUGAAAAGACAUCAGCUGAUCGACCCUGUGGAGAACCUGGAAAGCAGGAUGUGUACAGAGCACGAUAAACUGCUGGAGCUGUUCUGUAAGACCGACCAGACUUGUGUCUGCAUGCUCUGCACCAUUUCAGCCCACAUGACACACGAUGUUGUUCCUCUGAAAGAAGGAUAUGAAGGAAAGAAGGCCGAGCUUGAGGGUGAAAUUCAUCAGAUGAUACAGGAGAGAGAGUUGAAGAUUGAGGAGAUCAAACACUCAGUGGAGCUCAGUAAGGAAGAUGCAGACAGAGAGACAGCAGAUGGUGUUCAGGUCUUCACCGCUCUGAAGGAGUCUGUUGAGAGAAGCCAGGCUGAGCUCAUCGACAGGAUCAAAGAGAAGCAGAGAAAAACAGAGAAACAGGCUGAAGACUUCAUCAAAGAGCUGGAACAGGAAAUCUCUGAGUUGAAGAAGAGAAGCACUGAGGUGGAGCAGCUCACACAGUCUGAAGACCAUCUCCACCUCCUCCAAAGCCUCCUGUCUCUGAAUGCUGCUCUACCCACAAAGAACUGGACAGAACUCAACGUCCGUCCGCUUCAUGAGGGGACUGUAAGAAGAGCUCUGUAUCAGUUGGAGGAGACGCUCAAUGAAAAGAUGAAGGAAGUGGUAAACACUGAGCUGAAGAGGGUUCGGCAGUCUGCAGUGGAUGUGACACUUGAUUAUGAUACAGCACAUCCCAACCUCAUUGUGUCUUAUUACGGAAAACGAGUCCAAUAUCGUGAUGAAAAGAAAGAUGUCCCAAACAAUCCAGAGAGAUUUAAUAGAGAUGCUUAUGUCUUAGCAAGGCAGAGUUUCUCUUCAGGGAGAUUUUAUUAUGAGGUUGGUGUUAGACGGUAUAAUGACUGGACGUUAGGAGUGGCCAGAGAGUCGAUCAACAGAAAAGGAAAGAUUUAUUUGAGCCCUUCGAAUGGGUACUGGUCAAUAUGUUUGAGGAAUGGAGAUGAGUACAAAGCUUUUAAUGAGUAUCCAGUCUAUCUCUCUCUCAAGUCUCAUCCUGAGAAGGUGGGGGUGUUUGUGCAUUAUGAGGAGGGUCUGGUCUCCUUUUAUGAUGUUUAUAAUGCAGCUCUCAUCUACUCCUUUACUGGUUGCAGCUUCACUGAGGAACUCUACCCAUUCUUCGGUCCCAGUGACAAUAAAACAUCUACUUAUCUGCAUAUCACUCCUGUCUAGGGGUGUAAUGGUACAAAAAGAUCAUGGUUUGGUAUGUACCUUGGUUUACCGUUACAGUCUUUCUCUUGUUUUAGCAGGGGGAAAAAAAUGAUAUUAAUUAAUUAAUUUAUCAUCCUUUACCUCUUAUCUAAACUUGAGUCGUGAGGGGUUGGAGCCGAUCCCAGCUGACACUGGGCGAGAGGCGGGGUACACCUGUACAGGUCAGACCUUCACAGUGCUGACACAUAGAGACAGACAACCAUUCAUGCUCAUAUAUAUCACUCCUA